AUGGAUAAUUGCAAUAUAUUGAGCUGGAACUUGAGAGGGCUGAACAGUUCUAAUAAGCAUAAUGCAGUUAUAGAUCUUUGUAGUAGGAAUAAAAUAGGAGUUGGCGGUUUCUUAGAGACUAAAAUGAAGGGGAAUAAAGUUCUAGAGUUCAUGGAGCAUAAACUUCCAAACUGUGAUUUUUAUACUAGUUCGGUCACUGAAGGCAGAAUUUUGAUAAUUUGGAGGAAGAUGGAAGGAGGAGUUUAUGGGAAGGGUUACAACGGUUAUUCGAUAGAUAAAGCGUGGGUUAUCUUAGGGGACUUCAAUGCCCUUUUCUCUGGAAUGGACAGAUCUAGAGGGAAACCAAUUUCAGCUUUGGAGUUGGUUGAUUCUCUUCGUUGGUUUGCGGAUACUCAUGUUGAAUCUCUUAAGAGUUUAGGUUCUUAUUUCACUUGGACUAAUAACCAAAAUGGUCCAGCAAGAAUCUAUUCUAAAAUUGACCAUGUUUUCAUGAAUGAGAAUUGUCUUGAUUUCUUUCCUCAUUCUAAUAGGAUUCCUAUUAAGGCAACUGGUUUAAGGGCUAUCUACUUAAAAACUUUGAGGCUGAAGCAUAGAUUAAAAAAAUUUAACAGAGAAAAUAUUGGUGACAUUGGGUUGAAUUAUCACAAGGCUAAGGAGAAUUACCAAGAAGCUCAACUUCAAGCUCAAUCUCAUCCUUAUGACUAUAGUUUUCAGGAAGUGGUGAAGGAAGCUGUUGCAGCUUUUUCGGUUCAGGAGAAAAUGUACCAUAGUUUCCUAUCUCAAAUAAGUAAAAUAACUUGGUUAAGGAAGGGAGAUAUGAACACUUCUUUUUUCCAUGCUUAUUUGAAGAAGCGUAGAGCUGAAAAUGGUAUUGCUUCCUAUAUCACUGAUCAAGGUAAUUUGGUAGAUAAUUUUCCUGAAGUUGUUUCUCACUUUGUUGAGCAUUUCAGAGGCUAUUUGGGGAGCUCGAGUUCUGCCACUGGCAGAAUAAAUUUACAGUGUAUAGAGAUGGGUUCCAAGCUCUCGGUUGAUCAACAACUGAUGCUUUUAAAGCUAUUUUCUCGUAAGGAAAUUCGUGUUGCUUUAUUUGGUAUUCCCAUCACUAAGUCCUCGGGACCUGAUGGUUUUGGUUCUGGUUUUUUCAAGGCAGUCUGGCAGGAUAUAGGGGAUGAAGUUUGCUCAGCCAUCAGUCAAUUCUUUGACACAGGAAGAUUUCCUUCUGAGCUUCAUGAAACUACUCUAUCGCUGGUUCCUAAGGUGGUUAAUCCAUCCCGGGCUAUAGACUAUAGACCUAUAGCUUGUUGCUCUACUUUAUACAAAUGUAUUGCCAAGCUUUUAUGUUCGAGAAUGGCUUUAGUCCUUCCUAGGCUCAUUCAGCCGAACCAGGGAGCCUUUAUUAGGGGUCAUUCUAUUGCUCAUAACAUCAUGAUUCUUCAAGACCUUAUCAAAAACUAUGGGAGGGCUUCUACUUCACCAAGAUGUGCAAUCAAGAUCGAUUUAAGUAAGGCUUAUGACACUGUAGAUUAG